AUGAUGACGGCCCAGCAGCAGAGUGCGGACCAAGUCAAGACGUACACAUAUCCACACAGAACACCUGGAGUCAACGUUGCUUCUUCUUCUGGAGCUUCAGACGUCGCUGAACAUACUGCUGUAAUGUCUGGUGGCAACUCUGCAUCCACAAACAGCACGACGUCGCUUCCCAUCGCAGACAGGAAACGCAAGCACCCCUCAAGUCCUACUGAUAAUCGUAUCGUUGCCAAUGGAAGCGUCGACACGCCAAACGAAGAGCCAUCCAAAAAGUCCCGCCGUGAGCUGCCACCGCACACUGUUGCCAUCCUUAAGGGUUGGAUGCUCUCUCGUGAGCAUGUGAAGCACCCGUACCCGACAGACGAGGACAAACAAAUGCUGCUAAAGAAGACAGGCAUUAGCAUGAAGCAGCUUACGAACUGGUUCACGAACGCACGCAAGCGCAUCUGGAAACCCAUGAUGCGACGCGAACAUUCGCGCCAGAUGCAGUCCGCCAUGGAGUUUGAUCAUACAACGAUGCGCGAGUUUCCCGGUGCUGGACGUAGUCAGCAGUAUGCGGAGAGUAGUUAUGCUCCUCGUUCGUCGGUUCGGCACUCAUUCGACGCUGGAAGCCUGGGUGCGCCUCUUCACGCGGCAGCAGGUACUUUCGACAGGUAUGCACGACCGCAGGCCGUCCCCGUAAAUGCAUCAAUGUACCCGACACGUGUCGUGCGCUCCAUGUCGGAGGCUCCAGCCCCAAGGCCCGAUGUUGACGAUUAUUUGGAUGCUGAACGGAUUCGAGAGCGCGUGUUAAAGCGCGGGCACGACGGGCAUGGUCCGCGCAAUAGUUUGUCACCUCCUGGGCAUACGAUAUUGCAGGAGCGGGUAAAUGGGAACGCGCGACACGAAUAUCCGUAUCCGAGCGAUUGUGAUCGAUUGCAGCUUGUAAGAGACACGGGGCUUGAUGUAUCACAUGGAGAUGGGUGGGUUACGAGUCUUUGUGAACAGACGGGUUGCCCCUCUGUCCAUGCUGCUUCCAUUCCAUCUGCUGGAAACCCGAUGUUUCCACCCCAUCCUGCGUACGGGGAGCGCCGAUCUAUUCCGUCCCGCGGCAAUCCUAUGUUUCCUCCGCGACCAACCGCUUCCAGCUCGUUUCGAGCAUCUGUUCCUUCUGUUGGAAAUUCGCAGUUUUCUCCGCCCCCUGCGCGUCGUGAAGCAAGCGACAGCCGUUUCGCAGGGUUUCUGUCGACUGUUUCGCGCUAUCUAGGUCACGAAGUGACACGAAUGCGCUCAAUGACGGUCAGCUCCAGUCCAUAUUUGCCUCCGCCUUCCAGCUCAGCAGGCAACGACGCUCAAGCCGUGAAUGCUGCUGGUGCUUUGCCGUCGCUGUCUAGUCGGAGUUUGUUUAGCCGACCACCACCCAUUGUCAUUUCCGGUGGUGCUACAAUGGGACAGCCACGUGACAGUCGAUCGCGUACGCUCGACAUGGGUCAGUUUGCCGAAGCGAGACGGCGAAAAAUGAAUUUUCAGGACAUUUUGGCGUCAACGGGCGGGCCUGCCGUUAGUGCCGGAAUAGCAGCAGCCACAUCCAGCGCGUUGUUGCAGUCGACUAUUUUUUCCGCUACCAAUGGUAAUAUGGAAAACCUAUACCAAACUAGCGAUACGUCGGCGACCGCAGUGUACCCAGCCUCCGCAUCGAGGGUCUUCCAGCAAAAGUUCUCGUCAGUGCAGUCUGAUCAGCAUUCUGGUCGAAUAGUAUGA